UAUAGCACCCCUGCAUGUGAUCCUGGGAUCACAGUACCCAGGGCUGCGCUGGAAGGGGGCAGCUCUGGAGGAGAGGGCCUCGCCCGCCUGCUAAGAGGUGAGUCAGUGUCGAAUCACAGACUUCAUUCCUCUGAGCAAGGUGUGGUUUCAAACUGAGUUGGCUGCUGAGAUGAGAGGGUCACCUGUGACAAACCCCCGAGGGCCGCUGGGCACCCUGAGGCACCAUGGGCAAUGAGAACAGCACCGCCGACAACCAGACGUCAUCUACAGAGAGUCCAAGAUCCUUUCAACCUCCCGGGAACAUGCAGGAUACACAAAGAAAGCAGGUGGACACAGCCCAGAACCCCGGCAACAGGGACGCAGUCAGCCUUGGGCCUGGAGGCCUCCCCUGCACUGCUGAGGACACUGCCAGCUCGGAUCCCUGCGUCACCUCCCCAGAGGCAGCUGAGCCAAGGCAGCGUUCACAGCAAGCGAAAGAACCAGAAGUUUCCUCACUGCCCCAAGAGCGGAAGUGGCCCUUGGUCCCCAUGCCCUUUGUUGAGUGCCCCCCGGAAGACUGCUCAGCAAGGCCAGCAGUGGCACUUGAAGAUGGGUCCCUCGCUCAGCUGCCCAGGAGGGGACCUUCUCCAAAAGCCCCAACGGAUGCCGUGACAAUGCUGGCCUCUGAGGGCGAUGUCCCCGCCCAGCCCCAUGUGGCUGCCACAGUCCCUGAGGCAGAGAAAAAAGAUCCAGAUUUGGAGGCAGAGGGACUCAAGACCUCUCACUGCAGCCAUGCAGAGCAGUUACCUGGAAACCCAUCAGUACCUCCCGGAGAGCUGGUUGAGGAACAGCUGGGUGGAGAGAGUGACCAGGCAGGAGGCUUAGCAUCCCCAGGGCAAGGGGAUGCAGAGAUCAGGCAGGGCGUGGCAGGCAAAGAGAGCUCAGCUGGCCAGGAGGAAUCUCCCCCACUCCAAACAGAGGCCCCAGUCCCACAAGAGGCCCCCUCAGAUUUAUACAAUCGCCAGGUGCAGGAGAUGCCUCCAUGUUCAGCUGAGAGUACAGAGUUACUUGGAACUUACCAUCCCUUACAGAGCAAUUCAAGGGCUGUGCCCCAGGAAGGCUGCCAGCAGCAACAGCUCGGGGAAUACCUGCCAUGCACGGAACUGCCCUGGGAUGUGCCAAGCCCUUCCCCAGCAGCAGGGGCCUGUGGCUCUGGUUUGGAGACUCUGGACAUGGGUAUGGCUCAAGGUCACUGGCAAACAGGGAUGCCAAGACCUGAGCCGGAGCAAGUUGUCCCCGUGGCAUCAGGCAGCCAACCCGAAGGAGCUGUGCCUGGGAGCACCGAGGGCUCCCCAACGGAGGAAGCAUGUGGUGCCUCAGGCCUUGCUUCCCAGCCAGCUGCUCAGCUCUCUGCGGCUACGGGAGGAUCUGGCAGCCAUGUGGGCCACGGCAUGAUGCAGCUGGACCGGAAGUUCAUGCUGAUGGACUGCAGCCCGCUGUAA